UGUUUUAAACCAUUCCUUGUCUUUGUUCCACAUUGGUAGUGGAAAAAAUUAGUAAAUAUUUUUUAUGAUUUGAUGAAUUAUUACUUAACUGCAGAGGUGGUCUCGUAGUUGGGUUAAAAUUUUGACUUGCUUUGUCCUUCUGAUAUACUUGCUGAAGCUGGCUGACAUUUUCACCACCUCUGACAUUCUGCGGAACCUUAAAAGUUCUAAAUAAGACACUUGUGCAGUCCAUUCCCGUCCUCUUGGACGACUAAGUGACCCAUCUUACCCAGUGGAUGACCUGAUCACCUCCUGCUGUAUGUAUUGGAGACUUCCAGGUUAAGAUCUCAGAGAGCAGGACUCCAAACUGUAAACAUCAGAUGUCUGGGAUACUUUGUGGGUGUCCGUUCCUUCUGGUGCUAGGUACCCUCCUAAAUAUGGGUUUGCCAGAUAAGAAUAAUGAAAGUGAGGCUGAUUGAUUACUAACGUACCAUGUGAUAUAGACUGUAAUAGUCAUACACCACCGGCUUUCAUCCUUACCAUGCUUGAUACUUCCAACAACCUCCAUCUGCUGAGAUUAUCAUCGGAUUGAUGUAGCACUUGGAGACUAGAGAUAUUGAGAUCAGGUAAUUCACCCGAAAGCAAGUUGUUAGCAAGGUACAAUGAUUUUAGGUGAGUUAGAUUUGAUAGAGGAAGGGAUACUGCCAUUAAAAGCAUUGUUCGACAAAUCAAUCAUGGUACAGAACGAAAAACCUCAUGGCAGAAAACCUUACGAGUUGCUGGAUUGAAGGUACAGGGCAGCAGUUAAGUUUCGAAGCUUAUCUAAAUCACAAGGUAAAGGACCAGUUAUGUUGUUGGAUCUCAAACUCAAUAGCUGUAAUGCUAACAAGCUGGUAAGCGUGUUGAAGGGUAUCUGGCCUGAAAAUCAGAUGCCAGGCAAUCCAAGGGCUAUAAUCCUAGAAUUAUCACGAUUUACAUGUCACUCCAGUCCAAUUUCUACAGGAACAAGAUUUCUCAGACGGUGUAAAUGUGACAAAUUAUGCGCAAAAUCAAGCAAAACCUCAUUAUCUCCAGAAGGCUUCCUAGUCACUACCAAUAAAAAUGAUGCAAGUAUGCAACAAACAAGAGAACUGCCAAGAACUUGAACUUCAGUGCCAAGAACAAGCGAACAUGUUUGCUGGAGGAAAUGAACUCAAAUUCCUCUCCACUAACUUGGCUUCAUCAUGCUUGUUCCAUAAUUUCAUGUGGUCUUGUUAUGAAAUCUUUUUUACUUGUAUCUGGAUCAUAGAGAUCGAAGAUGAUUCUAAUUCAAGUACCAGCACUAUACACCAAUCAGUUGUAACUCUAACAAUCCAUUGCACUAAGACACUCUUACAUAUUACAGGUUAAAUAUAUCCAUCGUUUAGCUUUGGUUGUACACUCAAUAGGACAUAAAGUUGCCCACUGUUCUUGUUUCAGAUGUCGAUAAAGGAGUUGGUGGUAUGGCGGAUGUGGAAACAGAUGACAAUCAAGUAGGAGUUGGUGGUAUGGCAGAUGUUCGAAACAGAUGAAACUGAAGUGUCUCAGUGAUGCAAAAUAUCAUACAACCCGCUUCUUUGUAGUCUCAGGGGUGUAUUCAACCGGGUUUAAUGGAUUGUAUCUGAUUUUGAUUUUAUGCGGAUUCUAGAUAAAAUGCAGCACUUUGCAUGUAACGUCCGUGAUCAGCAUCCUCACCUUGCUUUACUUAGAACACCUCAACCUACUUUUCUUACAUAAGGAGUUGAGUAAAUUAGAGUUGAUCAAUGGAGAAAGCCGAGCUGAAGUGGCAGAUUGAAGAAGAAGCACCAACAAUUGAAGAUUUGCAGGUGAGGCAGUGUUCGCAGUUACCUACUAAGCAUAUAGAAGAAGGUCACAUGAAACAUGUGGAUAUUAAUUGCGAAGUUGAUGGUGAUUUGGUAUAUGCAUUACCAGAGGAGCUUCUAUCUGGUGACAAUGGAGCACUUAAAUUCUCACAAGAAGAAUUAAAAGAAGAAGUUGAUCCAAAAUGCUCGGAGAGAUGUGUAUAUUACCAAACUGAUGAAGGACUUUGGAAAUGUCGAAAGUGCUGUUGGACCUACCAAAGUGAACGCGUUUAUAGUGAUGAUAUUCAGAACUCUAAGCAACAGUUGCAUGAGCCAACACAUUUCGGUACUGAAAAUCAACAAGAGUCAUGUUUCUCUUAUGAAACUAGAGGUACAGAAUGCACUGGCGGACAAUUUUUGAGUGGACAAAGUAGCAUUUUGCACACCGAUCAAGAUGAAAUUCACGCUGACAGUAUAUUAGAGGUGACAAAAGAGAGUUCAGAUAUUGAACAGCAUUUGAGGCAGGAAAGUAAACUUGAACAUGAAACACAACUAAAGCACAGCAGUUGGUGUAGUUCGGAUAUCUUGCCUUCUGAAAUUUCUCCUGAAGAAGAUGGCAAAUAUUUCAAGUCCUCUAGAUAUAAAGAAAUAAGAAGUGGAGAUGCUAGCCUGGUACAUGAGAGUGAUUGUGAAUCAACAGAAUUGGAUGUUGAGAGAGUAUUGAGUAAACAAGAUACACAUGACUUGUACUGUCCCAACUGCAAAUCGUGUAUUACCAGGAGGGUUAUCAUCCGUAAAAGGAAACGCAGACUUCGAUAUUCAGGUGAAGACAGUAAACGCAACAAAUUAGAGGAAGGUUUAGGGUCUGACCCUAUUUCUGUAUCAGUAGCAACAACCAUAAAUCCAUUUCAUGGUACAGUUGACACUUGUUUGGAUGGUAUUGCAGCACCUACAUCCAUUAAUUAUGUUCAAGAUCAAGAGCCGGAAAUAUUCAGAUGCUUAUCUUGUUUUAGCAUCUUCAGUCCCACAGGUAAUGGCUUCAAGCUGCUAAGAAUGUUUGGAGACAGAAGAGACGAGGAUAAUCUGCAAGAUCAUCCACAAACACCAACUGUGAAGAAAAACUGGUUUUCAACUCUUUUCAAGAUAGACAGAAGUGUGGAAACAGAUGACACUGAAGUAGGAACUGGUGGUAUGGCAGAUGUGGAACCACAUGACACUGAAGUGCUUAUUCCUUCAAACUCCACAAGGGAAACUGGUAUUAUCUCAGUAUUACACAAUUCUUCCUCUCAUGCUCAGACUGAUUUAGGCAGAGAAUAUGUGGAACCUGGUGCUCCAGGAUCUACGGAGGAUGGAACUAAUGCAUUACCUCAUCAAGAAGUUAGUUUGGGAACAUCUGGAGGCCAGGAAAAUCUUGAUUAUCAAGUAUUUAUGAACAUGGAUAAGCAGAAUGGGGAUUCCUUGGGAGGCGAAGCUCCCCCACCUGCAGUUUAUGAUGAUAGAGAGAUUGUCCAGAGUGAAAUCACUGGACCCGAGGAAGGUGGCAACAAAGUUCUGUUUCCUUCGUCAAAAACUUUCACAGAAUAUAAUAUUCAUUUGGUUGGCAGCGGAGGAUUAUCAGACAGUUCAAUAUGUAAGGGCAAAGAUGAGAUAACUGUUGAAACCUGUCCAGUUGAGCCACUUGCUGCUCAAAGAAUGCAAAAUUUAACAGAUCCAGCAGAAUCUGGAAAUUUACAAUAUCCUGAGAUUCGAAUGCAAAUAAAUGAACAAAGACACACAUCUACGGAAGGAAUUCAAGGAAUGGAGAUAAUUAAAAGCAUUAUAUAUGGAGGGCUGGUAGAAUUAAUAACAAGCCUUGCUGUUGUGUCCUCUGCGGCUGGCUCUUAUGUCACAACGCUGAAUGUUUUCGCUUUGGGAAUGGCUAAUCUCAUCGGAGGACUAUUCAUUAUCGGUCACAACCUUUCGGAACUGAAAUAUAAUCAGAAGACUGAGGCAUCUGAUCAAUCAGCUGAGCCAAUAGACCAGUACCAUGAACUACUAGGGCAAAGAAGAAACUUUCUGCUUCAUGCAGUCUUUGCUAUUUUAUCAUACCUUAUAUUUGGCUCAUUACCUCCUGUAGUCUACGGCUUCUCCUUCCAAAAGAGUGACGACAGGGACCUCAAGCUUGUAGCUGUUGCUGUAGUUGCAGUUUUAGGCAUUAUUAUACUAGCUGCUGGAAAGGCCUACGUUCAGAGGGCGCCAAGAUCAUACGUAAAAACUGUAUUGUAUUAUGUUGUUACUGCGCUGAUGGCCUCAGGCGUUUCUUAUGCAGCUGGUAACCUGAUCAAUAUGUUCCUGAAAAAGUUUGGUGCCUUCCAACCAAAUUUAGUUGUCACUCUGCCAGAGACUACGGAACCAGCAGCAUGGGCAUCCUUCUAAUGCAUAGUUGAUACAUGAAUCUCAUAUUUCACAGACUAGCAUAGUAGUCUUAAGAGAGAUGCUAACCUUUCUGUCAUAAAUUUAUAUUACUUUUAAUCGCCCUCUUGGUUUUA